AUGAAUUAUCGAGCAUACAAGAUAGCAAUAAAGUAACUUGGGCUCUCUAAAAUUAUAUAGAUAUAAACUUUCGUAAAUUUCAACAAAUCAAAAGGAAAUUAUGUGAUAGAUAUUGAUGGAAAUACUUUCCUAGAUGUUAGUAAUACUGAAUUCAAUCCUCUUGGUUACAAUCACAAUUCAUUCUUGAACGUCAAACUUUCUAAAAUAGAUAACUCUUUCAAAGCUUUUGUAGAUAUUGAUACAGGUUUUGACACAGUAAAUUUAACUGAUCAUGGAAGAGGACUUGAAACAGCUAUUUAAGCAGCAUUGACAAUAAAAGAUGAUAAAUUCUCUACUGUACUUGGAUUCAAUCCAUCUUAGCACGGUGAUAAAAUGUCUUUUAUCAGAUAAUAAUUUAGUAGAUCAGUGAAAUAAGUCAGAUUAUCUAACUUUGAUAAUUGGCCAAUCCUUAAUUAUCCAAUUGAUAUUAAGGGCGAGGAAUAAGUCUUAGACAAAAUAAAAUAAAAUAUAAAUAAUCUAAAUAUUGUUAACAGUCCUGUUGGAGUAUUAAUUAUGGAACCUAUUAAUUCAGUAAUUGGGUACAAACUUAAGUAUACCAGAUUACAUAGUUUUUGGAAGGAGAUUACCUAUAUCUGGAUACUUAUCGAAAUCAAGUAUUGA